AUGACCGAAAAGAAAUCGGCGACUGUGAAUAAUUCUAUUACUCAAUCUAAACCAAUUGCAGUGAAACAGGAAGCACCAAUUCUAAUUUGGUAUAAUAAAAAUAAUGAUGAAAAAAAUCAAGAAGGUAUUUUUACUUAUUUUAAUAACUCACAAGAAUGUAUUCAAACUAUUGAACAAUCAACAAAAUCAAUUUUUCUUAUUUUAAAUAGUUCAUCUGCUACAGAUAUACUUUCUCGUACUCAUUCAUUAAAACAAAUUGAUACAAUUUUUAUUCAUUGUCAAUCAUCACGAGAACAACAAAGAUGUCAAUAUCUUCUUGAACAUUAUUCAAAAAUAUUUGAUUUAUUCUUAGAUCGACAACUCUUACUUGAUACUAUUCAAGAAAAUGUUAUUCUCUAUCAACAUCAAUCAGGCAAUGAAUAUCUUCGUUCAGCUGAACGUUAUAAACAACAAAAUCAGUUAAAUCAUGCACUUAAAUAUACUCAUAAAGCAUUGGAUAUUUAUCGAAAAACACUUCCCAAUCAAAAUCAUCCAUUAAUCGCUAGAUGUUUAAAUAAUCUUGGUACAAUUUAUGAUGCACAAGGAGAUGUUAAUCGAUCAUUUGAAUAUUAUGAACAAGCUGUUAAAAUGUAUAGAAAUAUAUCGCCGGCUUUAUCAAAACAAUCAGUGCCAAAUUUAUUAAAAAAAUAA